GAAUUUCCUAUUCCAGAUGUGGGGCGUUUAGGAGGUGUCUGCUGUUUGUCACUGCAGAGUCUGAGCCUCCCGAAUAGGAAUGAAAUAUUACCUCGCCAAGCAAGCGUUAUCACGGGCCUGUUUGGUAAGUGAAGGACAGAGAGAUGAACUGACCAGCCCAAGGUCAGGCCAGGAGCUUGUGACAUUGCUGGAAACUGAACCAAGACCUGGUCAGCAGGUCAGUGCUGUCACCAUCCUCUGUUGGGACUGAGAGGUGGCAACACAGCAGUCUCGGUGCUGAUUGUCCAGAAAAUGGCAGAAGAGAGCGCUGAAGUGAUAAGUGAUACCGGUGAAGGGGAGACUGUCUCAAUACGGUCGGGUCAUGGACCAGUGGAAGAAAGGAGAACAGAUGUGGAUCAUAUGGAUUUCAGCCUAAAAUGCAUUAAAGAUAAAUGGAUCCCAAUUACCGUUACUGUCGUCAUCACAGCUUUGAUCAUCACUGUAAUUGCACUGGCAGCCAAGAAGCCUCCCCCCUGCCCAGCCCUCGUCACUGCUGCGUGCCCGGACGGCUGGGUGGGAUACCAAGGGAAAUGCUUCUACUUCUCAGAGACUGAAGACAACUGGAACAACAGCCAGAGCCACUGCUCUUCCCUCAGUGCCUCCCUGGCUUCCAUUGAUUCCCUGCCGGAGCUGAAUUUCACACUGCGCUAUAGUGGGAUCCCUUACCACUGGAUUGGCCUCUGGAGGGAACAAGGCGAGGGCCAGCCGUGGAAGUGGACCAACGGUACCAUAUUCAACAACCUGUUUCAGGUCAGAGGGGAAGGGCAGUGCGCCUACCUGAAUGAAUAUGGGGUCAGCAGCUCCAGGUGCUACUCAGAGAGACAUUUCAUCUGCAACCGGCCAGACGAUUGCUCUAGAAGAAAGCCAAGCUGUACAGGAGGGGACACAAUGUCUAAGAACACUUAACGCAGCGGUCCCCAACCUUUCUGGCACCAGGGACCGGUUUCGUAGAAAAAAAAUUUCCGCGGACCUGUGGGAUGGUUUUGGGACGAUGAA